AUGGACAUGCCCUUCAACCUGACAGGGCGCGACCUGGGCGCGCUGAGGCUCUUUGGCCAUGGGAAUAACUCCUUGUCGCCUGUUGAGAACGGAACCGCCGGCUCGAGACCGGAGGAGGAGGAUUUGGAGGUGAACACGGACAUUUACUCCAAGGUGGUGGUCACCAUUAUCUACGUGGCUCUGUUCGCAGUUGGCAGUCUGGGGAACUCCAUCACCCUGUACACCUUGCUGACCAAGAAGUCCCUGCAGAACCUCCAGAGCACCGUGCACUACCACCUGGCCAGCCUCGCCGUGUCCGACCUGCUGAUCCUGGUCCUCUCCAUGCCCAUCGAGCUCUACAACUUCAUCUGGUUCCACCACCCCUGGGUGUUCGGGGACGCCGUGUGCAGGGGCUACUACUUCCUCCGGGACAGCUGCUCCUACGCCACGGCUCUCAACAUCGCCAGCCUGAGCGUGGAGCGCUACAUGGCCAUCUGCCACCCGUUCAAAGCCAAGAGCAUCAUGUCCCGCAGCCGCACCAAGAAGCUGAUCAGCGCCAUGUGGGUGGCGUCGUUCGCGCUGGCCACGCCGAUGCUCUUCAUCAUGGGGCAGGUGAUGAUGAAUGGAGAGAAGAUAUGCACCACUAUCGAUUCCCCUGUCACCAUGAAGACGGUGCUUCAGGUGAACGCAUUCCUGUCCUUUGUGGUUCCCAUGGCGGCCAUAUCGGUGCUGAACGGGGUCAUAGCCAAUCAGCUGCUGCGAAUGUUCCGGGAGGCGGAGCAAGACAACCGCGUCUGCAUCGUCGGAGGCAACCCCACCAUGCUGAACGUCACCGUGGAGCCGAACCGCGCUCAGUCGCUGCGCCACGGCGUCCUGGUUCUCCGAGCAGUGGUCAUCGCCUUCGUCGUCUGCUGGCUGCCCUACCACGCCCGCCGCCUCAUGUUCUGCUACGUCAGCGACUGGUCUGACGGCCUGUAUGACUUCUACCACUACUUCUACAUGCUGACCAACGUCCUGUUUUAUGUGAGCUCGGCCAUCAACCCGGUACUCUACAACUUGGUGUCGGCCACGUACCGCCAGAUCUUCUUCUCCACGCUCCGCUACUUCUGCCUGCCCUGCCGCCACAAACCCAGGAGGCAUCGCCGCACCCUGACCCGCCACUCCAUCAGCAUCUCCAGCAACCACACCCUCUCCACCAACAUCAUCAAGGAGACAGCAUACUGA